CGCUUCCGGUUCGAGCACCCGGAACCGCCGCCUCUAGGGAUGGACGGUCAGACUCUGCGGAAGGCUGACAGAAGCCGGUCCUGCUCGCGGGAGAAAAAAGAGGGUUCUACUAAGGACAUGGUGCCAGACUUUGAUGAGAAGCAUGAUGAGUAUUUAAUAUUGCUCCAGCAGAGAAACCGGAUCCUAAAGCAUUUGAAAACCAAGGACCCCAUGCAGUUGCGACUGGAGCACCUGGAGCAAGGCUUCUCCGUCUAUGUCAACGGGGCUAACUCUGAGCUGAGGACGUCACCCCGCAAAGCUGUCCGCCCCGACUUCGCCAGGAGUGCCUCCCACGCCGAGGGGACCCACGAUCACGGGCGAAGACCCCUGUUUCGAGAAGUGGAAGAAGCUUCAGGACGCAAUUCCCGGACGGCCCCCGGGCACGUGCAGCGCCGCGGAUGGCACCAGAAAUCUGUGCAGAUAAGGACGGAAGCCGGCCCACGGCUGCACAUCGAGCCGCCCCUGGACUAUUCUGAAGAUUUGGAGCCGUGUGGGGAUGCAACCGUCAAGGCCAAGGACGCUUCUGGGGACUGCCCACAGGGAACCAAGUCUUCAACCGGCACCACGCCCUGUGAUUUUAAUUUCUCCUUUCUGAAUGCACAAGGCUGCCCUGACCCUGCCAGCAGAGUGGACAAAGAAAGGAUCCUCUUAACUAUUCAGGAUGUAAUGGAGCUAAGAAAAAGCCUGGAAUGUAGUGUCAAUCGACAAAGGAAACAAAGGGAUGGCUCCAGCGACGAGUAUGACUCUAUCGAAGAAGAUGUGCUCUCUGAGCCUGAGCCUGAGGAGCGGGUGCUGGGGGGCCACCCCAGAGAUGACCCCGUCCUUUCCAGCGGGGACUCAGUGCUGAAGGAUGUCCCCGGUGACCAGGAGAUGGAAGGAAACCCUCCCCAGGGCCCAGACACCCUCGUGGUGCUGGAAUUUAACCCAGCUUCCAAAAGUAAUAAGAAGGAAAGGAAUUUGUCUGCCAAGCGGAAGGACAACGCUGAGGUUUUCAUUCCCAGCAGACCCGAGCUGAACCUGAACCCCCAGCCCUCUGCUGUGCUCCCAGACCAGGAGAAGGCAUGUCCAAGACCCGGAAGCCGGAGAGAGAGACCCCUAUCAGCCACCCGAAAACCCGUGCACGAGGCUGAGGACCGAGAGGAAGACGCGUCGGCCGUGCUCAGGGCCAUCCAGGUGGAGAACGAGGCCCUGCAGAGGGUGCUCCUCAGCAGAAAAGGGGGGGGCCCCACUGGCCCGCUGCAGGACACGGAGGGACCACCGACAAAACCGUGGACCGGUCUCCUGAAGGGGAAGGAAGAGAGCCCCGAGUCCCUUCCAGCUCCCGAGGUGGCCAGUGGGACCAGCCGGACCAGCCCACAGGAGCCGACCAGGACAGUAGGGGGAGCCAGCGCUGUCAGCGAGGCCAUCGACAGAAUUGGCCUUCUGGGGGGCAGACAGCAGCAGAGGCUUCUGAAAGUCCUCCAGGCCAUCGAAAGCGACUCUGCCCAUCUCAGCAGGGCUGUGUCACCGACAGAGGAGCCAGUGCCAGGCCCAGAGGACAAACCGAGAACAAGAGGCGGAGAGAUCAAAGAUGCCAUCUACGUGACCAUGGAAAUCCUGUCCAACUGGGGCCACACGUCCUGGGUGGGUCUCACAGAAGUGGAGUUCUUUGACCAGAACGACACAAAGCUUUACGUGUCACCCCAUGAUGUGGAUAUCCGGAACACGGACACGCCCGGGGACCUGGGCCACCUGGUCAAUAGGAACUUGACUAGCAAGAAAGACCCCUCCUUGUGGAUGUGCCCCUUCCACCCGCCGCUGCAGCUCUUUUUUGUUAUCCGCAACACGAGCCGGCUGCAGGACUUUGAUCUAGCCAAGAUCAAGGUUUGGAAUUACUGGACAGCUGAUGGUGAUCUUGACAUGGGCGCCAAGAACAUGAAGCUUUAUGUCAAUAAAAAUCUCAUCUUUGACGGCACGUUGGACCGAGGGGGUGGAGAGGGCCCGGCUGACCUGAGCGUCCUUGUUGGCCCGAAGAACGAGAAGGAGGAGGGAAUAGAGAGGGCCCCCUGGGGAGACAGCAGAGAUGCCCCCAAGAUGGUGGGCACAGAUCGGGCGUGCUCCCAGCCAGCGGGAGCAGCCGUAGACGGGAAGGUUUCUCUCCAAGAAAAGCCGUUUGGUGAAAAGAUGCGUCCUUCCCAUUGCAUGAGAGACGAUUCAUCCAAGUUAAACGAAGACUCGAGUUUAUUAGCAGCACCAGCCUCGAUGGGCGGCGUGCCCUGGGCUCCCCGCCUCCGCCCAGCUGCGGAAUCCCCUCCCCUUGACCCAGAGCGCUCUCUGAUCCAACAGCUGGAAAACCUCCCGGGCAGAGAAGUCUCCGAGGCACCAGCAAAAACCCCGUCCUGGUUGCAACCUUCCGCCGCAGGGAAAGGCAGGACGCCGGGGGGCAGGAAGCCAAAGCCCCUCUGGCUGAGUCCUGAGAAGCCACUGGACUGGGAAGGCAGGCUUCCUUCCGAUGACCUCACUGACUCCAGGGGCGAGGGUCCUCGAGAGACUGAGAUCGGGGACAAAGGCCCCCGGCGUGAGCAAGGGCGAGUGAGCAGCUGGAGUGUCAUCGCUGGAGAGAGAGCCCAGAAGGUGACCCCCAAAGUCUGUGACGACUUGGGCAUCUUUAGCCAGCCCUCCAACAGAGAGCACCCUGCCGGUGGGAGGAGGGGCCCGAGGAAGGACGCCCUCAGCAGCGGUCCCGGUGACAGCCAGCCACCCAGCAGAGAAGAUGCCCGGUCCACCCAGACGCCGCCACGGCCCCGGAGGUGCAGUGAGCAGGACCACACGCUGCAUGAGUCCUGGGACUCCCUCAGUGCCUUUGACCGCUCCCACCGGGGACGCAUCUCCAACUUGGAGCUGCAGGGGGACAUCCUGGACGAGUUCCUGCAGCAGCAGAAGACGAGCCAGCACGGCGAGCCGUCGUCCCCACGGAAGGGGGAGAAGCUGGAAUCAAGGAGAGGCCGGGAGGACAGUCCCACGGAGACAGACGACGGCAGUGACUUUGAAAUCCCCGUCUUGCCUUACGGACAGCGCUUGGUCAUCGACAUCAAGUCGACGUGGGGGGACCGGCACUAUGUCGGCCUUAACGGAAUAGAAAUAUUCAGUUCCAGGGGGGAGCCUGUGGAGGUCGCCAACAUCCAAGCAGAGCCGCCCGACAUCAAUAUUCUACCGGCUUACGGCAAGGACCCCCGCGUGGUCAGCAACCUCAUCGAUGGGGUGAACAGGACCCAGGACGACAUGCACGUGUGGCUGGCCCCUUUCACACUGGGCAAGCCCCACACCAUCACCAUAGACUUUGUGCGCCCUUGCCAGGUGGCCCUGGUCCGCAUCUGGAACUACAAUAAAUCUCGGAUACAUUCCUUCCGUGGGGUGAAGGACGUCACCAUGCUGUUAGACGCGCAGUGCAUCUUUAGAGGAGAGAUCGCCAAGGCCUCGGGGACCCUGACGGGAGCCCUGGAGCACUUUGGAGACACUAUCUUAUUCACGACCGACGAUGACAUUCUGGAGGCCAUAUUCUGUUCGGAUGCGACAUUUGAUGUGGACGUGGAGGGCCCCUGCGGCCUGCGGAGUGCAGAGACGCUGAGGAGGCCCAGCACCGCGGACAGCGACGGGGCGGAGAGGCCCUACACCCAGGCGGGCUCCUGGGCUGAGGACCGGGUCCCAGGGCUAGAGGCGCCUCUCAGUCCCCCUGUCCCCGAAGUAACCACGCCAGAGCCAGGCAUCUACCAUGGGAUCUGCCUUCAGCUGAAUUUCACCGCCUCCUGGGGGGACCCGCACUACUUGGGGCUCACAGGCCUGGAGGUGGUGGGCAGGGACGGCCAGGCGCUGCCCGUCAGCCCGCACCAGCUCUCCGCCUCCCCCAGGGACCUGAAUGACCUUCCUGAGUACACCAAUGACUCCCGGACCCUGGACAAGCUAAUCGAUGGCGCCAACAUCACGAUGGAGGAUGAGCAUAUGUGGCUGGUCCCCUUCUCCCCGGGCCUGGACCACGUGGUCACGAUCCGCUUCGACAGAGCUGAGAGCAUCGCAGGCCUGCGUUUCUGGAACUACAAUAAAUCUCCCGAGGACACCUAUCGUGGGGCCAAGAUGGUCCACGUCUCCCUGGACGGCCUGUGCGUCUCCCCUCCCGAGGGCUUCCUCAUCCGGAAGGGACCGGGCAACUGCCACUUUGAUUUCGCUCAGGAAAUUCUCUUUGUGGACUACCUCCAGGCUCGACAGCUGCCCCGGCCAGCCCGGAGGCUGGGCACGCAAAGCCAGGAGCGGGCGAGCAUGGACUACGAGGUGCCCCUGAUGCCCUGCGGCUUCAUUUUUCAGUUCCAGCUCCUGACCAGCUGGGGUGACCCCUACUACAUCGGCCUCACGGGCCUGGAGCUGUAUGACGAAAGGGGGGAGAAAAUCCCUCUGUCGGAAAACAAUAUCGCCGCCUUCCCGGACAGCGUGAACUCCCUGGAGGGCGUGUGCGGGGACGUCCGGACACCCGACAAGCUCAUCGACCAAGUGAACGACACCAGUGACGGCCGGCACAUGUGGCUGGCUCCCAUCCUGCCCGGCCUGGUGAACCGGGUUUAUGUGAUUUUCGAUCUGCCCACCACCGUGUCAAUGAUCAAAUUGUGGAAUUACGCAAAAACGCCCCAUCGAGGGGUGAAGGAGUUUGGCCUCCUGGUGGACGACUUGCUUGUGUACAACGGGAUCCUGGCCAUGGUGGGCCACCUGGUGGGGGGCAUCCUGCCCACGUGCGAGCCCACGGUGCCCUACCACACCAUCCUGUUCACCGAGGACGCGGACGUGUGCCGCCAGGAGAGACACACGGCCAUCAGCAAUCAGGUGGAGGACCAGGACGUCCAGAUGAUGAAUGAGAACCAAAUCGUCACCAACUCGAAACGGAAGCAGAGUGUCGUUGACCCGGCACUGCGCCCCAAAACCUGCAUAAGCGAGAAGGAGACGGCCCGACGGUGGUGGUGCUGACUGCGAAGGAGGGAGAGCCGGCCCUCCGGCCAGCGCCGGGCUCUGUCACCCGCCCCCACCCUCGUCCUCAGCCCUCCGCAGUCUGGACUCCGGGGGCUGGAAGAGGGAGCCCUGCUGCAGAAGUGUGGCCGUGGCCUUCCUCGGCCCCGCGGCCCUGGGGCUCCCUCCCAGGACACCAGCUCGGUGCCCUCGCACACGCUCUGACGCCUGUCCCCGCUCAGCCCGGAUGGUGAGGUUGCCAGGGAGGACUACUACCCAGUGCGCAGUGUGGCUGCCCCGGCCCCGGGUCAGGCCUCAGCCAACAGCACCUUGAGCUGCACCCACGCCGAGGUGCCAACAGCUCUCCUCCCCCCACACCCCUGCCUCAUCCGGGGCCUGGCGGAGCUGGCUGGGAGGUGGGGCAGUUCCCCAGUCCCCAGUGUCCAGCCAGGGGUGCAACACCCCCCUCGCUCAUCCCAGGCAAGGAAGACAGUCCCCAGGGACCUGUGUCUCACUGAGGAGAGGAAGGGAGCUGUGCCCGCCCCCCAUGCAGCCAGGCCCCGCAGCACCUGCCAGGGGGACAGCCUCACACCCUAGAGGGCUCUGGACGCAGGGCAGCCCGAGGACCGGGGCCACACACCUACCCUCGCACCCCGGAAGCCACCUUGAACUUUAGAGGAGGGCGGCCGCAUCCCUGCGCUCUCACCAGGGGCUUCUCUCACUCGCCACCCCGAGUCUCACCCCUGCCGGGUGCCCUUGCCUGCGGGCAGGGCGGUGCUUGUCUCCCCCACCCCUUCCCCGCCGCUGCCGGCAGCUUCCCCGCAAGUUGGAAACGUGCCUUGCACCCCCAGCCGAGCGGGGCUCCGAGCGCAUCUAUUUCCAUCUAUGUAACAAGCUCGGAUCAGGGACCUAAUUGGUUUCCCAGUGGUGGGUAAUUUCUCGUUCCAAAUAUUAAUCCGCUGUUUUGCUGGCGCCCAGCCCGGCCCGCCGCGCCGCUGUACUCCGAGUCCGUUCCUAUGCAACCGGCAGCCCGCACUUGCUUCAUGAGCUUUGCCGAGCAGCUCUGCAAAUGCGCUUUUCAUUUGGAGCAGGGGGCCGGGCGAAGAGAAGGAAUGGUUUCUCCCAGAGAGGAUCCAUCAUUUCUGCGGCUUCCGCACUCACCACCCCUAUGUGGGGGCGCCCCAGAGGCCUGUGGGCUCCCAGAGGGGAGCCGGGGCUGGGGAUAGUUGCGGGUGGAUGGCUGAUCAGGCCGGCACUUAGGUACCUUUAAAGGCUGUUACAGCUUCCCAUCCCCACCUGAGGCUGGGGGCCCCUGUCAGGCUGUCGGGGAGUUUGCUGGAGCACCACACACACCCACUCCUAGAACCUCCGCUGAUGUUUAUAGUAAUUGUGUGCACCGUGUGGCUUGGGGGGCCCGCUGUACAGGCAUUAACUCUAAGAUAAAUCUCUAUUUUUCUCUCUUGCAAAAUCAAUAAAAGAUGUUGUUAAGAA